AUGGCUCAUUUAAAUGUUGCCUCUCUUCCCAAACAUAUUGAUGAAUUAAGAUUACAAUUAACUAAACAGUCCCUAGAUAUUUUGAGUAUCAACGAAACAAGAUUAGAUGACACAAUAAACGAUGGUUUAAUACACUUAAAUGGUUAUGACGUUUUACGUAAGGACAGAAAUAGAAUGGGCGGUGGAGUAGCCAUUUACUUUAGAGAUAAUAUAAAUAUUAAAAACCGAAAUGAUCUUGUGCCUGAUUCUCUAGAAGCGUUAUGUGUUGAAGUUCGGAAACCUAAGAGCAAGCCAAUUCUAAUU